AACAUGCGCGAAAUUGUUAUUAAACAAAUUGAAGAAAUACAAAAAAGACUUGAAGAUAACAAUAGGUAUAUUAGUGUUUUUUUAUUUCUUUUUAAUCUUUUUAAAAAGAAAAAUCAAAAUCGAAGUCGAUGAUGCUGCAAUCGCUUAUCUUAGCGAAGCUGGUUAUUCUCCUGCUUAUGGUGCAAGACCUUUAAAAAGAAUUAUUCAGAAUGAGAUUUUAAACAAACUUUCAAUUUUCAUGUUACGUGGACAAAUUAGAGAUAAUGAAACUGUUAAUAUUUGUUUUCACGAAAAAAAAAUAUAUAUUCAACCCAAUCAUGAAUCAACUUCUGAUAUGGGUGGUGAUGAAAGCAUGGACGAUGACUCAAUGUGUGAAGACAUUGAUGCUGAUGAGAUUUAUUAAUUUUAAUUUAUACUUUAAUUCAUAAAAUAAAUUUAUUUUAUUAAUACUUAAGACGACCCAUAAUUUUUAUCGUAAACCUUUUGAUCAUAAAAAAUGAACUAUCGUUUCCAUGAAUCUUAUAAAGAAGAUCCAUAUGUAUCUCGUAAUAUUGAUUUGAAUCGUUCUGAGUCUGAUUUGGCUGUUAAUAUUAAGAAAGCAACAAGUAUUAAAGAAACAGCACCUAAAAGAAAACAUGUUCGUAGCUGUAUUGUUUAUACGUGGGAUCACAAGUCUUCUAUAUCUUUUUGGGCAGGACUUAAAGCACAGCCUAUUUUAUCAGAUGAUAUUCAGAUUUUUAAGGCGUUAAUAUGUAUGCAUAAAGUUAUUCAGGAGGGUCACCCUAUUACACUUCAGGAGGCGCAGGCGCAACGGCCCUGGCUUGAGCUGUGUUCUCAUUCAGUUGUUGGAGGCAGUAUUAAAGGCUAUGGGAAUUUAGUAAAGGAGUAUGUGGAAUUUUUGAUGGCAAAAUUAUCAUUUCAUAAGUUGCAUCCAGAAUUCAAUGGUAUGUUUGAAUAUGACGAAUAUUUGACACUGAAAAAUACGAAUGAUCCUAAUGAAGGAUAUGAAACGAUUACGGAAUUGAUGCAAUUACAAGACCGAAUUGACCUAUUUCAAAAAACGAUAUUUUUGCACUUUAGAAAUGGAUCUAACAAUGAAUGCCGAGUUGCAGCAUUAGUUCCUUUAGUUCAGGAGAGUUAUGGAAUAUAUAAGUUUGUUACGAAUAUGAUUCGUGCUAUUUAUCAUAGCACUCAGUCAGAUGAGGUUAUUAAGCCUCUUAGAUUGAGAUAUAAUUCUCAACACCACAAACUUGUUAAAUUUUACUAUGAAUGUUCUAAUCUUAGAUACCUUGUUAAUUUAAUAUCAGUGCCAAAAUUGCCUCAGGACCCGGAAAACUUAAUAGAUGAUUUCGAUUUAGCUUCACAGAAGUUUUCUGUAAAAGAUAAGGAUUCAUUAUCCGAAGGAUCAUCUAAAAAUGAAAAUAAUUAUGAUAAUGAUUUGGCUUCUAAUGCUUGGUCUAAUAGUCAAGUAAGAGAUGACUCUGCUUAUCAAGAACAACAGUGGCAACUUCAGGCUCAAAAAGAAGCAGAUUAUAUAAAACAACAAGAACUUAAUGAACAAAGAAUGCAAGCCGAACAAAAACUAGCACAAGAAAAAUUAAUAAAUGAACAAUAUCAGUUGCAUGUUCAAAAUAGGAUUUUAGAAUUAGAACAGGAAAUUUUAAAUAUGCGUGGACAAUAUAAUAGAGAUCAACUUAUGCUUGAACAGUAUGAUAAGAGGGUUAAAGUUUUAGAAAAUGAGCUACAGAAUUUAAAUGCUAAUGCAUCUCAACAAAUUGAAAGUAAAGAUGGCUAUAUUAAAUCAUUUCAAGAUCAAGCUGUUAUGUGGAAAAAUAAAUAUGAGUCUCUUGCUGAACUAUAUACUCGGCUUCGUGAAGAACACAUAGAUUUUCUUUCUAAAUAUAAACAAAUCCAGCUAAAAGCAGCAUCUGCUCAAGAAUCUAUUGAAAAAAAAGAAGAAAUAGAAAAGGAAAUGGGCAAUAAAAUUGCAGAAUUAACUAAUAUUACUCGAGAAAGAGAUCGUUUAAAACACGAAAUGGAUAAAUUAAAAAAUCAAAAAGAAGAAAUGAAUAAAAUUAAUAAAGAUUUGGAAUUAAGCUUGAAAAAGACCGAAAAUUCGGAGAAAUCUAAGUCUUAUGAGCUUUCUUCAUUAACUUCUAAAUAUAAUAAAGAAGUUUCAGAAUUGGAAAAGUCUCUUGCGGUUAAACAAGAAAUGAUUGAUGAAAUGUCAAUGAAAUUAAAAGAAUCUUAUGAUCAAUUAGAAAAAGUAACAAAAGAAAAAGAUGAUGAAUUAGAUAUUUAUAAAGCUGAAAUGGAAUCCACAUUUAUGAAACUUAAUGAUUUACAUAUGGAUCAUCGUGAUAUGGAUUCUGCUAUUAAUUCUGAAAUUGAUCGAUAUCUAAUAGAUAAUCUUAAAAAACUUAAUAGUAUUAUUGAUUCUGUUUUGCAAAGUGCUAUACAAACAAUUGAUAAUUCGUUAUAUGAGCUAGCUUCCCCAAUGCAAACGGGUAAUCAAAAUUCAACACCUGAAUACUUGCUAUCAACAAUUGAAAAAGGAAGUUCAAGUGCUAUGGAAUUUUUUACUGCUUUUAAUAAUUUUGUUGUAGAUGGUCCAAAUGGUGACCAUCCUGAAAUUAUUAAAUUGAUUAAUAUUUUUACAAGUGUUAUUGGGGAAGUUCUUAGCAAUGUUAAAGGAAUUGUUAGAUUGGCUAAUGAUGAUGUUGUUGGAGAAAAAUUAAUUUCAUAUGCUCAAGAUUUUGCUAUUGUUUCACAGAAGAAUUUAGGAGCAUUACAAUCUUUUCGAUUGAUAAAAUUUUCUGAUGAAAAGAAAAUUGAAACUGUUAUUUCAAGAAAUUUGGAUAUUCAGUCAAGUUUAAAAAAGCUUGCUCAAUUGGUAGAAAGCUUUGUUCCUAAAGAUAUUGCUGAUAUGAUUGCAAAUUCUAAAGAUAUAGGUGACUUAGUAAAUAGGGAACUCGAAAACGCUUUAUCUGCGAUUGAACAAGCUGCAAUGCGUUUAGACAAGUUAAAGGAUCGCCCAAAGAAUUUACAUUCCAUGAGUCCUGAUUUAUUGAUACAUGAUACGAUACUUGAGGCUGCAAUUGUUAUAACAAAUGCUGUUUCUCAGUUAAUUAAAGCAGCAACAGACUCUCAAAACGAAAUUGUAAGUCAAGGAAAAGGUUCUAAUACACGAGCUGCGUUUUAUAAAAAGAAUAAUCGGUGGACGGAAGGACUUAUUUCUGCAGCUAAAGCUGUUGCUGGAUCAACAAAUAUUCUUAUUGAAACUGCAGAUGGUAUGAUUAAUGGAGGGAAUAGUCCAGAGCAGUUGAUUGUGGCAUCAAAUGAAAUGGCUGCAGCUACAGCUCAACUUGUUUCAGCAUCGAGAGUCAAGGCAAAAUUUAUGUCAAAGACACAGCAGACUUUAGAAGAUGCAUCUAAAGCUGUUUCUCAAGCAUGCAAAGUGCUGGUUAAACAAGUACAAGACGCAGUAGCAGUCCGUUUUCAAAAUGAAGAUAAAUUUGAUUACUCGAAAUUAACGCUACAUGAGUUUAAAGUUCGCGAAAUGGAGCAACAAGUUGAAAUUUUAAAACUCGAAAAUGAGCUUGCAAAUUCAAGGAAAAAACUGGGUGAAAUGAGGAAGAUUUCUUAUUAUCGUGAGGCAACAGAAUAA